UUUUGUUUUGUUUUGUUUUUGAAGGCUAUAGGAGUACUUGCAAAACCAAAUGGAAGGUACAGCAUGGAACUGGCAGGAACCAGGUGGCUUCAGGAGGUCCUAUUAGCAGAGAUUGCUCGACAGCCAUGGCAGGGUGCUAGUGAAAUGCAUUUCAGGAUGAAAGGCAUGAAAUUCAGGUGAUUAGUCUUUUGGUGACUGUAUUAAUAAUUAAGACUCAAGGAAGGAAUAGCCAAUUGGCAUAUUUUGGGGUAUUCACACACAUGUUAGCUAGGGGAGGGCAAGUACUUGAAUUAAUGACUGUUGAAUUGGAUCCAAUAAGGAGGAAGAAAUUCUCCAAAAGAGGGAGGAAUGGGCACUGGGAAGCCAAAAACAAUAAUUCCCACUAUCCCUCCUGCCUGAACCACUCAUUUCCCUUGGAUUCUGAGACAACUUAUUCACUUGGUCUCCUCUCAGUCUACCUCUCAGGCUGUUCUCUGCCUCCUUGUUUUUACAAUGGGGCAAGGCACCCUAGAAGUUGACAGAGGCUUAUCCUUUGUAAGAUGGGAAAAGGAUGGUUGUGAAAGGGGCAGUGUGUUCUUGAGCCGAUCUAUUUUGCAGUCUGAAAACUAUUUGAAAACUCUUGGAGGGAUAGGGUUGUGCCUUGUAUGAAAUAUUCCCUGGCACCAGAAUUAAGACCAAAAGCCCCAAAGUUGGGGGAAGGAGAGGGCCUCAGUAGUUCAUCACUUGGCAAGGUCACCACCUGAUGGUUACACUUCAGACUUUUAAGAAGUCAGACUCAGCAGAAAAGAAAUAUGGAGUCUGUCAGACCCUGAAGAAAAGGUGGGAGGGAUGGGAUACAUGGCAUGUGUCUCUUGAUGGCAAGUCUUUGCUAGGGUAAGAUGAGUUUGAGGUAUAUUAAAUUCCGACCACAUAAGCUGGAAUCUGAGUGUCUUUAUGAGGAUAGAUGGUGUCAAACAUUAGACAUUCGGUCCAUCAAGACACUACCUGUAUUGAGGAGACAGUGGGGAGUAAUCCAGAGGAGCCAAAAAAAAAAUGAGGAAGAGUAGAGGAGCAGAGGAGAUAGAGGUGUGGGGAGAGAAAAGCAGAGCUACACAGAGGGGAAAACGUGUAAAAUGCAAGACACCUCUCAGUCCACAUGGUUAGGGCUAUUUCAAAUAUAAAAUCUGUAUGACUUAAUAGCUAUGUGAUUUUGGCCAAGGUACUUUACCUGGUUGAGUCUGUUCAAUCUGUAAAAUUGAACGUGAAUACCUCCCUCACAGGAGACUUCCAGUAUGCAGGUAACGUCUGUAUCUUCACUUGGAUAAUAGUUACACUGAAAAAAAGAAUCACAGAGCUUUAGAUUUGUGCAUUUUUCUGUAUGUAUGCUAUACUAUACUCCAAUAAAAAAGCUUACAAAAAAAAAAAAAACAUUUCCCUUACAGGGUUGAAGAUUCAAUAAAAUCAUGUUUCUAAGUCUAGCACAGUAUCUGGCACAUUAAUGCGCGUCCGGAGUCCACAGUCCGGAUACAGGGACCACGAACUUACUACCGCUUGCAGCCCAGAGACGCGACCUCUUCCUUGUUACAGGCAACUUUUACCGCGGCUGCUCUCCGAGCCUGUUUGCCAGACCAAGUAACGGAGCCAGUUUAGGUAUAUUCUGGGAACCCCGCCAACCUGACUCUAAAAGAUAGGAGCGACAGUCGGUUUUGCGAACCCGGAUUGAGUGGAGACACCAGAAGAACCUGCAAUGUGACACCCAGUACCCUCCUCCCUCCAACAGAAGGAGCUCCAGCAGCCUAGAGCGGCGUGGCUGUGGCGCGCGGUGCAUUGUGGGCCAGCAGAGGCACGGACUGGCCCCGACGUUAGGGUCCCCCAAGUGGCCAGGGGCUCGCGCUUCACUCUACCCCCAAGUACUCCAAACCUGCGCAGUGAAGUGUGUCUAGACUCCAGCCAAUCCAACCACCAGAGCUAGAGGUGGAGCUGGUGCAGGCUCCCAACUCUGGCUUCCAAACUCCAGCCCUUUACAGGGCGGGGUGGGGUCCACCACUGCGCGUGAUGCUGAAUGCCGGCCCUCUCCCCUCCUCCGGGAGGAGCUUCCUCUUCACCGCCAGACUUAAGCUAGAUUCCUGCCUCCACCGUCAGGCCAACCAACUUCCUUUGCAGCCCACCAGUUCCGGAAGCUGAGGCUUACUGUAACGUUGGCAAGGUGCAGAACCGAAGAGAGAUCACACUGUUUUGUUCACGCUCUGUGAUUGAGCCCAGGGAGCAUGGCGGCUUCCUGUGUCCUCCUGCACACUGGGCAGAAGAUGCCCCUGAUUGGACUGGGCACCUGGAAGAGCGAUCCUGGCCAGGUAAAGGCUGCUGUUAAGUACGCCCUGAGUGUAGGCUACCGCCACAUUGACUGUGCUGCUAUCUAUGGCAAUGAGACGGAGAUUGGGGAGGCCUUGAAGGAGAAUGUGGGACCUGGCAAGGUGGUGCCUCGAGAGGAGGUGUUUGUGACUUCCAAGCUGUGGAACACUAAACACCACCCUGAGGAUGUGGAGCCUGCCCUCCGGAAGACACUGGCUGACCUCCAGCUGGAGUAUUUGGACCUGUACCUAAUGCACUGGCCUUAUGCCUUUGAGCGAGGAGACAACCCUUUCCCUAAGAAUGUUGAUGGGACUAUCCGCUAUGAUUCUACCCACUACAAGGAGACCUGGAAGGCUCUGGAGGCACUGGUGGAUAAGGGGCUGGUACGGGCACUAGGCCUGUCCAACUUCAGCAGUCGGCAGAUUGAUGACGUGCUCAGUGUGGCGUCUGUGCGCCCAGCUGUCUUGCAGGUGGAAUGCCACCCAUACCUGUCUCAGAAGGAGCUGAUUGCCCACUGCCAAGCACGUGGCCUGGAGGUGACUGCUUAUAGUCCUCUGGGCUCCUCUGAUCGUGCUUGGCGUGAUCCUAAUGAGCCUGUCCUACUGGAGGAGCCAGUGGUCCUGGCACUGGCCGAAAAGUAUGGCCGGUCUCCGGCUCAGAUCCUGCUCAGGUGGCAGGUCCAGCGGAAAGUGAUCUCCAUCCCCAAGAGUAUCACACCUUCACGUAUCCUUCAGAACAUCCAGGUGUUUGACUUCACCUUUAGCCCAGAAGAGAUGAAGCAGUUAGACACCCUGAAUAAAAAUUGGCGAUACAUUGUGCCCAUGAUCACUGUGGAUGGGAAGAGGGUCCCGAGAGAUGCAGGGCACCCUCUGUAUCCUUUUAAUGAUCCAUACUGAGACCACCACUCUGUGGUUUCCUUUCCAGCUCUCCAGCUACAAGGUCCUGCCACCCCCAGAAAGAAGGAGUUAAUAAAACCACUGGAACAUCCAUA